UGUGCGCUUAAUUCGCGUACUUGGCUUGCUGAGCCAGUGUGUGUUUGUGUCUAGCCUGGCGCUACUGUUGUUGUUUUGUUGGAAGAAAAAGACAGUUUAUGCCCUAGCCAAGCAAUAACAAAAACAACGAGAGAGAGAGACAUUGUCGCCGCGCAGUCGAUCCGCUGCCGCCGUCGACGACGCUGCCGCAGCGAACCGUUCGAUCCGCUCGCUAGUUGUUGCUGUUUAGUGUUCGUUGUGGUGUCGCUUGUUGUUGUUUUGAUCCGUUCCGAAUCCGAUUGCGAUAUAAUUCAUAUAUUACUUAUUAUAUAUAGUGCAAAAAGAGGAACAAAUGCCCAGUCGGCGUGUAUCUGUGUGCCCGUAAUUGUUGUUUGUUGUAAUUGCACCCGCACACCACACACAGUCACCAGUAGCAGCGUAUACGUAUACAUAUAUACGGGAAAGAGCGCAUUCCAAUCCCUAUACACACACACACACAGCCACCAUGGAAAUUUGGCGCUCGCUGACAGUGGGCACCAUCGUGCUUUUGGGCCUCGUCUGCUUCUACGGAACAGUGGAGUCCUGCAACGAGAUCGUCUGCGCAUCAAUAGUUUCUAAAUGCAUGCUCACCCAGAGCUGCAAGUGCGAACUGAAGAACUGCUCCUGCUGCAAGGAGUGUCUCAAAUGUCUGGGCAAAAACUACGAGGAGUGUUGCAGCUGUGUAGAACUCUGCCCAAAACCCAAUGACACCCGGAACUCGCUGUCCAAGAAGUCCCACGUAGAGGACUUUGAUGGAGUGCCGGAACUAUUUAACGCCGUAGCCACUCCGGACGAGGGCGACAGCUUCGGCUACAAUUGGAACGUGUUCACGUUUCAAGUGGAUUUCGACAAGUACUUGAAGGGUCCCAAGCUGGAAAAGGAUGGUCAUUACUUUUUGAGAACUAACGAUAAAAACCUGGACGAGGCGAUUCAGGAGCGGGAUAACAUAGUAACCGUGAACUGCACGGUUAUAUAUCUGGAUCAGUGCGUGUCGUGGAACAAGUGCCGCACGAGCUGUCAAACAACCGGCGCCAGCAGUACGAGAUGGUUCCACGACGGCUGCUGUGAAUGUGUUGGCUCUACGUGCAUAAACUACGGCGUGAACGAGAGCCGCUGUAGAAAGUGUCCGGAGUCGAAGGGUGAGAUGGGCGACGAUCUGGACGAUGGCAUGGAGGAGGAGAUGCAGGACUUCGGGGAGAGCAUGGGCCCAUUUGACGGACCCGUGAACAACAACUACUGAACGCGGUGAUGUCAAAUGCCAUUCAACGAACAGAACAAAACCACAUCUAACAAAUUUAGCUACUCAAUUCAAUGACAUUAUUAUUAUGUAGUACGAAGUAAUAUUUGUAUAGCAUUAUUAUUAUUAUUUUUAUUUACAAAAAUUGAAUAGGCGCUUUGAAUUGUUUUACUUAUUGAACCGGCCAAUAUAUAUAUAUAUAUAUAUAUAUUAUACAUUUUUUUUAACUUAAAUAAAAAAAAUAGUUUAUACUACGAGUUCCAAAGGCUUCAGAGGCUUUUUCAAUAAUAA